UUUGAUUUUCAAUUUGCUUUCGUGAAUUAUCUGUUGGUGUAUUGACUGUGGAUACAGUAUACGGUCGUUGGACGCGUAUUGUGUUAAAGUGUGAAAUAUACGAAAUCCACGUGUAUUCAAAAUACGCCCACAGUGAUAAAAAUGGGCAUGGGACGUGUCGUGGAAGCGGCCCAGUCCCUCAUGCUGGGUCUGGUCGCCCUCGUAACUGCUCCAGCCCAUGUCGUGCUCGUGGGCUUGGAUUCGUCGGGCAAAACCACAGCCUUGUUCAGGCUCAAGUAUGGACAGUAUGUGAACGCCGUGCCCACCGUGGGAUUCAACUGUGAAAAGGUGAAGUCCGGCGGCGCCCACUGGCUGGUGUGGGACGUGGGCGGCGCCGAGCGCGUGCGGCCGCUGUGGCGCUCGUACACGAGGGCCACGGACGCCCUGGUCUUCGUGGUGGACUCCAGCAGCAGCGCCGAGCGCGUGGAGGAGGCCCGUGUGGAGCUGCAGCGGCUGAGCAAGCAGCAGGUGGCCGAGUGCGUGGCCCACAACAGGCCCCGGCCGCCCCUGCUCGUGCUGGCCAACAAGCAGGACCUGCCCGGGGCCAGGGAACCCCAGCACCUGGCCAAGGCCCUGGGGUUGCCCGACCUGCCCGAGUGCCAGCCUUGGGCCGUGGCACCCGCCUGCGCCGUCACCGGGGAGGGCCUCGACGAAGCCAUGGCGGCGCUGCACACGCUCAUCCUGAAGGCCAGGAAGCACCAGAAGAGCAAGAAGUGAGGUCUCGAGGAUGUCUUCGGGUAGGAAGUCAUGAUUUCGAGUGGUCGCUCCUCACGGAGGACCUUCCGUACUGGGAGAGGUCAAGCGAGGUCGACUGAAACUCACCUGAUGUCACCUGGUCAGAGCAAGAGGAGCUAGCUAGGUCAGAGAAGGUCAGAAGAGGUCAAGCCACGAUCUGGGCUCUAGCGGUCAGCUCCGGAGAGUAAGCAGUCGCCGCUGUUGAGGCUGGUCGUCCUCGUCGGCGUUACCGGUGUUAGUCAGUGCUACGGUGGACGACCUCCGCCCACGCCCCAGGACAGCAGGCGCGGGCGGGCUCAGGGGCGUGAUCUGCGCUAACGAGCGGGUAAAGUGCGUGCCAUAAGGGGGUAGGCCUAUGUGAUUCCCGUGCUCCUUGCAGUCUUGUCGUCAACGCCUUCAGGACCAGCAGAGGCGCCGUUUUGUGAUAUCUCGCCUCCCUCCACCUUUCACAUGCCCGUCCUGUUCACACCCCUCCCAGCAUCAUGCUUAGUAACACGCAUGAAGUCGUUUUGCAUUACCUCAGAGCAUCGGAGUCAAAUCAUGCCAUGAACGUCAUUCAUUGCAACAUUCAUUUGAAACCAUCAAUCCAGUAAUUCGCUUCGGCAGGUUAUUUUAUCAAAGUCAUGAUUUAGAGUCACAUAUACGCGUUUUAAGAACCCCACCUCUCCCCGUUCCUCCCCUCCCCCCGGCUAACGGUCUAUAUUAUGUCUCCACAUUGAGUCCAGGUGGAGUGUUGACGUCUUAGUGAGUUCUGUUUAUUUUUUCUCUCUCACGUCGAAGUGCCAAAGAUUGUCAUAAGCCGAGUGUUUUGUUUGGACUUAAUUUCACGUCAGUCAUUGUACAAAUGUAUCAUAUCAUUGUGUCAAGCUUUAAACAUGAUCUAUGUAUAUAAUUGUAUGUAUUUUCUAUGUUCCUAUCAAGAUGUUUUACCAAUGUGAUUCCUGUAUAUACAUAUAUAUAUUAUUUGACUCAAAUAUAUUUUAUAAUUAAUUUA